AUGCGUGCGGAGAUUCCCGGUGUUGUCCCUGCGGUGGUGUCACAGGUGUCGGAACAUCAACUGCCGCAUUUAUACCCCCGGCACACUGCCGUAACCGAUAGUACUGCACUCCCACGUGAGAAAAGUACAUUGCAGCGGACUGACACAACUGACUCUCAGUUGUUUUCGUUGGCGGAUCUUCAGCUGGCGCGUGGAAACACCCGGCGGCCGUCCCGUAGUCGACCGACUAGUCCGAUUAGGAAAGAUAGAAUCCCACGCCCGCCUUCAGUCGAAUUUGAUGUUCAUCUAGAGGUGCCUAGGCCGCACAUCCGUGUUUCGGCGUUGCCAAAACAUGUCAUGUGGCCACUGCCAAUUCCGCUUCCAAAUUUAGGUAACACAUGUUAUAUGAAUUCGGUGGUGCAGUGUCUUCGACAGAGCCCGUCGUUGGCUCUCGCCUUAGAGCAGUGCCAGUUGAAUGCUGAAUCACAUCCGGCAGCGGCGGCGAUGCUGAACUUCUUUAGGAUGUCGGAAGGGGACCCAAAGGAAUUUCUCGUUACCUUCAAAUCCGAAGCAGCGAAGUACAAUGAUGAAUUUAAGGAUUUCACUCAAGCGGAUGCGCAUGAGUUUCUUAGAACCUUCCUUUCGGUAGUGCACAAUGAAAUCAAUACCGCACCUCGCGCUAAGUUGCACAUUGAUGAUAUGGGUUAUGUUGGCAAGGAGGAUGAGGAGACAGCGUUCGGGAUGUGGCGUGAUCAGUUCGCAUGUUUCGACAAAUCUCCCAUUUACGAUCUCUUUGGGGGAACCACGCUUGGGACUUGUUUCUGUAACAGCUGCGAAAAUUCUUCAAGGACCUUUGAAGCGUUUUUGGAUCUUUCAUUACCUAUAGGACACGAAAUGCCAUUUGGUGCCAAUCUUGAGGCCAUUCUUCAGGCUAACUUUGUGGAAGGUAAAGCGGAGAAAAUGGAUGGAAGUAAUCGUAUUUACUGCUCACGAUGCAAACGCCUUCGCUCGGGAAGCCGAUGUGUUGUCGUGAGGCAAUGGCCAAAGUUAUUAGUCUUGCAUUUGAAACGAUUUGACGAGUAUGGGAAGAAGAAUCUUGUAAAUGUCAUAUACCCCGAAACCUUCAUGACAGGUGGGGAGAAAUCAUUGCGAUAUAGUUUGUAUGGCGUAUUGAUGCAUAGCGGUACGGAGAUGUCUGGACAUUACACAAGUUAUGUGCGUGUGGCGUUUGGCGAGUGGUACCUUUGUAAUGAUGGAGCAAUUACACCUUCGCGGUCUGUCGAUGUAAUGCAAGAACUUGAGAAGGCGUAUAUUCUCUUUUAUGCAGAGGUACCUCAGGUUGAACCAACUUUUUUUUGA